ACCAGCUUGCCUCCUCCAUGUUGCCACAAACAACAGCCGCCAGCCGCAGGAUGAGUUGCCGUUUCCUCCUCGCCGCGUCCCCGGUGAAAGAUUAGUUGUUUGUUGAAGCUGAGGAUGGUGCGCAAUGUGGACGACCUGGACUUCUGCCUGGCCUCGCACCCGCAGAGCAUCCUGGAGGGCCUGCGCUCGCUCUGCUCCCAGCCCAAACUGGUGGACGUGACGCUGAGCGCCGGGGGACGCGACUUCCCGUGCCACCGCGGCGUGCUGGCCCUCUGCAGCUCCUACUUCCGCUGCAUGUUCUCGGGCGACUUCGUGGAGAGCAUCGCGGCGCGGGUGGAGCUUCCCGACGUGGACCCGGAUAUUUUGGGUCGCUUGCUGGACUUCGCCUACACGGGCAAGCUGACCAUCAACCAGAGCAACGUGGAGGGCCUCAUCCAAACCUCCAGCCGGCUGCAGUUCCAGGCGGUCCGGGCCGUGUGCAGCCGCUACCUCCAGAACCAGAUCGACGCCACCAACUGUUUGGGAAUCCUGGAGUUCGGCGAGAUCCACGGCUGCCCAGAGGUGAUGGCCAAAGCGCGGGCCUUCCUCUUGGAGAACUUUGAGGCCGUCCAGCAAGGCGAGGAGUUCCUCCUGCAGGAAAAGGAGCGGCUGGCGUCCUGCCUGCGCGACGAGGGACUACAAGUUCGCUCCGAGUGCGCCCGUGUGGAGGCCAUCCUCAAAUGGGUCGGUCACCACCAGGAGUCUCGGCUCUGCCACCUCCCAGAACUUCUGGGCCUGUGUCGCCUGGCCCUGCUCAGCCUGGACUACCUGAGCGGGAGUCUGCUGCAGGACGGUCUGGUGCAGGCGUCCGCCAGCUGCAGGGAGGCCGUGGAGAAAGUCCACAUGGAGAAAAUGCACUUGGUCUCGGAGUGCACGGGUCGAGUCAACCCGUCGGCAAGUCCCCAGCCCAACCUGCAGGAGGUGCUGUUCGUCAUGGGGGGUCGUUCCCUGGACGACGAAGACUCGGACGAAGAGGACGAGCGGAGUCGGGGCGAGAGGAGGCCGCAGCCCGGGAACUGCACCUUCUACAACACCAAGACAAAACUGUGGCAUGAACUCCCCAACUUCCCCAACCCCAACAAGUGGGGCUUCUCCAUGGUGUCUCUCAACAAUGAUGUCUAUGUCACAGGAGGCUCGCGGGGCUCCAACACCAACACCUGGUCCACCACAGAGACAUGGAAGUACAUCACCAAGGAGGGGAGGUGGGUCACCGUGGCGCCGAUGCUGCGCCCACGCACCAACCAUUCGUCCGCGGCGCUCAACGGCGAGAUUUACGUCAUCGGAGGUACCACGGCAGACCGCGUGGAGGUGGAGCGUUACGACCCCUACCACAACACCUGGGCCUCCACGUGUCCCGCCUUAAAGUACGUGACCAACUUCACCGCCACGGCGUGCCAGGGGAAGCUCUACGUGAUUGGCUCGUGCGCCGUCAAGUAUAACGCCUUGACCAUGCAGUGCUACAACCCCGUUAUAGACAGCUGGAUGAGCAUCUGCUCGCCCUUCAUCCCCAAAUAUCUGUCGUCUCCUCGCUCCGUGUGCGUGGAGGGAAUCAUCUAUCUUCUCGCCGACAACACAAAGAAGGUCUACUGCUACGACUCGGACGCCAACAUGUGGCAGAAGAUCCAACUCCUGCACAUGCUCCAUGAGAACGGCGGGCUGGUGGUGCUGGACGGGAGGCUCUUUGUGACGGGCGGUCACUGGAAGGGCAUGGAGGGCGACUACGGGGUGGAGGUGGAGGUGUACAACCGGGCGUGCGACACCUGGGAGGUGGACACCUUCCUUCCCAGACUCUGGUUCUACACCGGCCUGUCCACCAUCUUCCUCGACCCGACCCACUGGCCCCAGAUCUUCCCCGCGGACGCGACGUAGCUGACGCCGCGCGGUUUAAACGCCAGCAAGUGUUCCUGCCGGGAUGUCACCAACAGCUAAGAAUAGCCGGGUAACAUGAUCCUGGAGGUACCCAAAUCAAAGCGCAAGCUGAGAGGGGACAGGGCCUUCUCUGUUGCGGGUCCCAAACUCUGGAGGGAUCUCCCUCUCCAUGUGAGACAGGCCCUUUCUUUGGCUACUUUUAAGACCCUUCUUAAAACCCAUUUUUACUCACUGGCUUUUAACCCAGCAUGAGACUUUGAACUGUUUAAACUGUUUUGAACUUUUUAACUGCUUUUUAUCUAACAAAUUGCUCUUAAGAUAAGUUGUAUUUGCUUUUUCU